CACGUUUGGGGCACUUUUUAUCGGGACCAUCUUUGCAACAGCUCUAUUUGGUGUGACAACCAUUCAAGCUUUCAUAUACUUUCAGACACAUAGAGGCACAGGGAUGACAAUGUAUAAGUGGGCCGUCAUUAUUCUUUGGUAGGUGUCACUUCGAGUUGCAAUUAUCGAGCAUGUCGAGAUUAUGCAUUGUACCCAGGAUACUCGAUGCAGUGCACUUGGCAUUGAUCGUCCAUGGCAACUAUUAUUAUUUGGUCAUUAACUUCGCAAACAUCCUCGCGCUCCCAGUAGUUGUGUGGAGUGCCCAACUUCAGAUCCCAUUCGACGUGAUAAUCAUUUGGGGGGUACAUUUUCUGUAUGUCCAUCGCAUAUGGAUAGUCAACAGGGGCCGAUCAAAAGUUCUCCCUAUAACAGUGGGCACAAUCGUAGCCCUAUGUUCAGGUGUCGCCAUCACUCUUAUUUGGGCAACAUACCAGAGCCCAUUGUUCUCAGAUUUAAAUAAGUACAACUGGGCGAUAUACUCGACAUUGGGCACAAUUAGUUUUCUCGAUAUCCUAAUUGCAUCAUCGCUAUGCUAUCUCCUCGCAACCUCUCGUACAGGGUUCUCUGGCACCGAUUCCCUCGUGACAAGGCUCAUGCUUUACACCAUUAGUACCGGCUGCUUGACGAGUGUAUUUUCAUUGACAACAAUCAUUACAUUUGCUGUGAUGCCGACGAACUUCAUAUUCCUCAGCAUUGAAUUUUGGGUGGCGAAAUUAUACGUCAACUCGUACAUCGCAGUCCUGAACGCCCCAUACUAUCUAAAGGCCGACGCAGCAGUCUCAGAAAAUACUGAUUCUUCCGAACUCUAUAACCGCUACCGCCCGGAGCUGAGCGGUAGGGUGUCGCAAGACGAGAGCUUCUCUGCACGUCGGAAGAAUAUACUCAAACAAACCGACAAUGAAGUGCUGCAUCUCACUCGACCCAUUCAGGCACCUAUGCGGCCGAUUGCGGUGUCGAUGGAAAUGAAUUCUUUCUCGUCAGUAUGAUGGAUUAGUAUGCAUGGAUUAUUGCCUCCUCAUAAGAUAGGACUCGUAAAUCACUUAUGUAAUUUAUCACAAUGCAGGAACGAGGAAAAUUCGUUCACUAUGUGCUUCUUACAUUGUCCAAUGUUGGCAUUUCAUUUUGAUGAGC